GUGUGGGGUGAGUGUGUAUAUAUAUAUAUAUAUUAGAUGGUUAUUGUGAAUUAACCUCACAAACAAUAUUAGUUGAGAAUACAUUUACAUUAUACAAAAAGAAAAAAAAAUGGCUACAGAAUUCAAGCAUUUGGUGCUGGUGAAGUUCAAAAACGACGUCGUAGUGGGAGAUGUUAUGAAAGGAUUGGAAAAGCUUGUGUUGGAAAUGGACACUGUCAAAUCCUUCGUUUGGGGGGAGGAUAUUGAAAGCCAUGAAAUGCUGAGGCAAGGAUUCACGCACGCUUUCUUGAUGACUUUUGGAAGCAAGGAAGAUUUCACUGCAUUCACAAGCCACCCUACUCACGUUGACUUUUCGUCAACGUUUUCAACUGCUGUUGACAAAGCUGUCCUUCUUGAUUUCCCGUCUGUUACCGUCAAACCUCCUCCUGCUGCUGCCUGAUUUUGGACAAACACAUGUUUUUUUUUUUAAUUUUAAUUAUAAUAUAAUUAAUUAAUAAAUAAAUAAUGGGUUUAUGUCUAAAAGUGUGUGUUAUUGUGCGUGUUUUGUGUGCAGUUCUUUGCAUCACUGUUUCUUUGUAAUCUGAUUUGAUUUUGGUUGCUAUAAGAGGGGUUCCCAUGGAUUUGUUGGAACUUGGAAUUAAGCGACUGUCUUUUACUAAUUAAUAAUUUUUUUUUUUGUA